AAUCUGUGCGCUGCUGCUGCUGCUGUUAUUCGUCAGAGUGUCAUUAGAAACCAUCAUCAGGUCACCAUGUCCAGACGUCUUAACGCUCGCAGGACAGACGGUGUGGACAAGAACGUGUGGGUUGAAUUUACCCAACUGGCUGCAGACUACAAAGUGGUGAACCUUGGACAGGGGUUUCCUGACUUCUCCCCACCUCCGUUCAUCAAGGAGGCUUUUUGCAAAGCGCUGAGCGGAGGACCCUCCAUGCACCAGUACACCAGAGCUUUUGGCCACCCCCCUUUGGUAAAAGUUCUGGCAAAAUUCUUCAGUAGGAUCGUGGGACAUGAGAUCGACCCGUUUGAAGACAUCCUGGUCACAGUUGGAGCUUAUCAGGCGCUCUUCUGUGCAUUUCAGGCUCUGAUCGAUGAAGGGGAUGAGGUGAUAAUCAUAGAGCCGUUCUUCGACUGCUACCAUCCGAUGGUGGUGAUGGCUGGAGGAAAGGCAGAGUAUGUUCCUCUGAGGCCAAAAGGUGAUGGCGGUGCCGCCCUGUCCAGUGGGGACUGGGUUCUUUCUGCUGAGGAGCUGGCCAGUAAAAUCACUCCACGUACGAAAGCCAUCAUUUUCAACACGCCCAACAACCCACUAGGAAAGGUUUACAAGACAGAAGAGCUCCAAAUAAUCGCUGAUAUCUGCAUCAAACACGAUCUGCUGUGCAUCAGUGACGAGGUGUACGAGUGGCUGACGUAUGACGGAGCCAAACACGUAAAGAUCGCCAGCCUUCCUGGCAUGUGGGAGCGAACCAUAACCAUCAGCAGUGGUGGAAAGACUUUCAGUGCGACCGGAUGGAAGGUUGGCUGGGCCAUCAGCUCUGGACAUAUCAUCAAACACAUGAAAACCAUCCAUCAGAACAGUGUUUAUCACUGUGCAACAGCUGCUCAGGAGGCAGUGGCUCAGGGAUUUGAGAGAGAGUACAAGCUGCUGGGGACUCCAGAGAGCUACUUGCAGCAGCUGCCUGCAGCUCUGCAGCAAAAGAGGAGGAAGCUGGCCUUGUGUCUGGAGAGCGUAGGUUUGCAGCCCAUCGUACCAGAGGGAGGAUACUUCAUGAUCGCAGACAUCUCCUCUGUCCAGGUGGAUCUGAAGGACCAGAGCACAAAGGAUGACGCCUAUGAUUUUAGAUUUGUUAAAUGGCUAAUUAAAGAGAAGGGAUUAGCAACAAUCCCUGUCUCUGCAUUCUACAGUCUAGAGCACAGCAAGCAGUUCGACAAGUACAUCCGAUUCUGUUUCGUCAAGGAGGACUCCACCCUGGACGCAGCUGAGGACAUCUUGAGAAAAUGGCAUCAGGGGCAAUAAAAUUGUCCAUGAUAUCAGGUGUUACCCGUCCAUCCAGUUCCAGCUUCUUAAAACUGGGUUAGUCUCACUACUGAGUUCAAAUGAGCCAUAAUCAGUGUUUCCGAGCCUGUCCACACUGUGAAAACACUCCUGCACAGGGAUUUUAGAGAACUACUACUUCAAAUGUUGAGAAAAUAUUUUGGUGAUUUUUGUUUCAUUUAUUUAAAUGAUGUACGUCCACUGUGUCUCACAUUUUAACACGCAGUGAUAUCCGUCCCUGAAUGGA